GAACACCUCGGCCGAUUCUCUACGGUCAUCUAACCUCGGAUGUAUCACGGUCGUCGCCAUAUUGGAACUACUUUCAAGUUACCGGAUACGGGGGGGUUAAACAUGGCUGCGUCCAUGGAUACAACACCCGUGAAAAUUGUUUUGCCCAAUACAACGUGUAUGCUUUGCCUACAAGAAAACCGAAGGGCUCACUGUUUGGUAAAGGCCAAGGCUACAAAAGAAAACUAUAUCCAUGUAUUACAAACAUUUACUGGAGUUACCAUAGAGAAGGACUUAUUAUGGAAGUGUUAUGUCUGUACUUCAUGCCUAAGUAAGUGUCAAAGUGCUCUAACCUUAAAAGAGACAUGUGUUAAAAAUGUAGGCAAGUUCUUAGACGAAAACGAGCGAAAAAAACGAAUGAGCAAAACACCACCAUCGGCAAUUCGUUCAUCGGUAGCUGAAACACUUUUGUCGUCUGUAGAAAAUUGAAAAUAUCUACUUCUACCAGUUCCGUAAAAAAAUCUCGCCAGCGUCUGUUUGAAGAUGGUCGACCGUCAUUGCCCCACGGAUUUCAAGCGUUAUCUGAACACGCGUACAGUAGUAAAGUGUUUCAAUCAGAUACAACUAGUGCGGAUCCCAAAUUGAACAGACCUACAGAUGAAGAAUUCAUCACUGAGAGACUGCAGUGUGAUAUUUUGCCUGCUAUAGAUGAAUCCUUGAAAGAUGUUGCACGGCUUGGGCGAAGUGUUUUAUUCAUCAAAGAUUGUAAGGACCUAUGUGAGAAGGACUGGUUCAGAGAUAUUGCUGCAGAGGUGCACGAUAAAUGCCCAGAACUUUUCCAAGUUUUAUUCACUGCUCUUGGUGUGGUUGUUAAAAAAGCGGUUUUGCGUGAUAAGACAGUUACAAAUGAUAUUACAGAAUAAUUGCUACUUGCAUGUCUAAAUAAAGUACAUGUCACUUUGUCUCAUGAAACCAAGAGGAACCUAAUCGGAGACUUUGGCAGCUAUACAACAGAGAAAAUUGUUUCAAGGAUAUCAGAUGGUGAAAACGGAAAACUAAAUGGGGACAAUCUGGACUUGUAUGUUACGACAAACGAUAUCCGAAUGGAUAACAAGAAUAAAGACUACCACUUCUUUGCCACUGAUUUCAUAUUGGACAGGGUAAGUGUGAGCAGUCUGGAUGACUCCAAACCAAUCGGAAAUAUAAACACUACAACAUACAGACAGUUUGUUCCAUCAGCAUGUGAAUCUCAAAAGUACAAGGAAUCACUGAAAAUCAUCCUUGGAAGGCUGCUGUCCGAGUAUGUUGAUGGUUUCAAGUGGAUGGAAAAUGUUCUUCUAAAACAUAUUCCACACAACUUUGAGGAAUCAAUGUCAAAGAAGUCAGAGGUUUUUGUUUUACCUGUCCUACUGAAGAAUGAGACAUCUUACUCAGAUUGCAUUCACAUUUUGAAGUCCUAUGAAAAGGAUUUGACUUCCUGGUACAUUAAGGCAGGCAGAGCUGCAGAGCUAGAUAGACUGAAGGUGCCCAUUGGAGGAGAUCAACUCACUAGAGUGCGGUUACAGGGAGCCAAAGGACUACAGGAUGGGUCUUUGACAGCAACAGACAGACUAGAGCAUUUAGAUCCUAUGAUUGUGGAAUUGUUUCAUACAGUGAUGGAUUUUUUGGAGAAACUGUACAAAAGAUUUUUCAACAAGUCCAGUGGAAGAGAGAAAGGCACUCUUUACAACCUGAAGAUACUUAUUCAGCGAUCAAAUGUAAACGGGAAUGUGAAGUCACGUUUUGAAGCCCAUGAAGACUUCAUCAUGACCGUUGGCUGUGGUUACUUCUUAUCGUACAUAUUACAUUUCUUCCAAAUGGAAAAUUUAUCAGAUGAACCUAAGCAUCCAUUGCUGUCAAAAAACAUGAAAAUGAGGCAUAAGGCUGACAAAGAAAAAGUCCUUUCUGAAAUCCUUGAAGAGGUAGUCAAUGGAUUAUUGAUAUUGUUUCCAGAAAAGGAGCCUGAUGUUUUGCUAACAGUGGAUGUUCUUGGAAUCAAGCAUACAGUUAACAGUUCCAUAGAUGGAAGGAUGCUGAAAUUUCAUUUAAACAUCAAUAACAGCAUGUUCCUGUUUAAUGUUACGCCUGCGCAGGUUGAAAAUGGAGUGACUAUAGAUGUUCCACUAACAACAGUGAACCUUCCUGUGACAAUUUCCCGUUCUACAGUUGCAGCUUCUGAUGAAUUGAAUGAUUACAUAACUCAACUUUUGCAGUGGUAUUUUGUCCUCUUAACUUUUAAGGAUUCCAUUAAGGAGGGCGAUACUUUUCGUACGAACAUCACUCUUAAGUUUUGUAUCCCUAUUUUCUUCAGUCACUCGGUUUUGUCAAAAUAUUUAGAAGAAUGUAUAGAUUACAUUCUCAAAACUGAAGUAAUGCUGACAGAGAAAAUGGCUGUGAAAGUCCGGUGUGGAUCAUUUGUUAAUCCUACUGGACACAAAGGAGACAACAAAGCAGCAGAUCUUCAGAAAGAAAAUGAAGUAAAAGUAUUAAAGGAAUUAAUUAGAGGGUUAGGUUCAAACAAAACGGAGAAUUCUAUUGUGGCGAUAACUAAAGCAGCCCCAGUUAUUGACGAUAUUGUUGGUAAUUUCCAGGAAAUGUUGAACAUUCCGGUUAAGAAAACCCAUCACAGAAAGCGUUCUUUUAAUGAUGAUGUGAAAUGUGUUCUGAACACACUGAUCCCUUUAAAGGUUUGGACUCCACAGAAUGGAAGAAAACUUGAAAACUUCAGAAAUAUUAAGAAGUCACCAUUUGAUAUUGACCGAGGUCAUUUUGUGGAAAUUGUUGAAAAGAAAGUUGAAAGACUGAGAAAAGGAAUUUCUGUUCCUGCUGAUGACAACUCUGACAAUGAAGUUUGAUACAUCUGUAUGUGAAGAGAAUGUUUAGGGGUUUCUUUAGUCAGUUUUUGAAUAGAAGGUGUGAGUUCAAGGGAAGACUGUGACUUAUGAGUAAAUUAAGGUAGGUGUAGGUGUAGGUGGGUCUACCCGCCACCCUUACAACCAUAUUGCUUACUCACUAUAACCGCAUAUCUUCCAAUAUACAUCAUGAUCAGUGUAACAGUACUAGUGCAACUAUUGUUUCAUUUAUUACUUUCCUUCACAACAAUUUUGAGAUGUCUACAUGAUUGUUACCAAGUGUAUUACUACCUAUUACAUGUAUAUAUUUUAAAUUUACUUUUAUAUGUUUUUAUAUGCCAGUUUAUAGUGGAUAUCUAUGGUGUAGGACUGUAGGUCGGAAAUACCCAACACCCAGAUAGUAUUCUGCAAAUAAUGCACAUAUCCACAGAAUGCACAUAACCUAGGUGGGUACAAAAGUAUGCGAGAAUACUAUAAGAAAUAGUUAAAAACCAGUUGACGUGCAACACACUCGCCACCCAUACAGGUUACAUUCUUGAUAUAUCAAAACACAUUUACAUGUGUAUAUAUAGAUGACUAGUCUUAUGUAUUUGUGCUUCUGUGUGCAUAUAUAUUUGAAAAUGUUGAUUAAUAUAUAGAUAUACUCCUCAUUACUCGUUCAAUUAAUAUAUAUACAAUUGACUUCAUCGUAUGCCCCAAUUUCAACAGAAAUUACUUUUUGUAUCAGACGCAGUCGAAUCCCUGCUAGUUUAAAGUUCCUUGAUAUAUCUCGUGCAAUCUGAUGCCAAGUAAGAUGUAUAUACAGGUACCAGCAAGUGAGAAUCUGAGUCAUCGCUUUCGCUUGUUCAAUGCAUCUAUUUCAAUACAUGUACUUAACUUUUCUGAUAAUAAAUUGUUUUAAUUGCAAUAUUUGAAUUCAUAAUAUGAGAGUCAUCGCUUUAGCUUGUUCAAUGCAUCUAUUUCAAUACAUGUACUUAACUUUUCUGAUAAUAAUUUUUUUUAAUUGAAAUAUUUUAAUUCAUAUACAUGUAUAUAUAUAUUUUAAGUAGAUCCUUGUUAAAUAUCUGCUAUAUAUAUAAUAUAUACACACAUACAAAAAAUGUAUGUGUAUAGCUCCAUAUAGCUUGACAACUUACUAAUGUUGAAUGCUAAAUAUUCACAGGGAUUUUAUUAUGAUUCAAUUAAUUCAAAUUAAUUAAUUGUUCAAAAUAUCAACUGUUUGCAUUAUGUUACUGCCUGAAUACUGUUGAUCUAGGAAAUCAUUAUCAAAUGUGGACUCAUUAACAAUAAAU